CGCGCGAGGCUGAGGCUGGGCGGGCGCGUCACUUCUGCACGCUCGUGCUGAAAAAAAGAGAAAGAAAAAAAACGGCUCGCGGACACAAUGGGCUCUCCAGCGGACGGAGCGAGCUCCGACUAACGCGCCGCAGCCUUCGAUGAGCACAAGAGACGAGGUGAAGAGGCAGGGGGCUAUGUCGUUUCAGCUCCUCUUCACCACCGCUUGAUCAACCAUGAUGAAGACUGAACCCCCGUCUGCAGCCAGCAGUAGCACCAGCGGCAACCCGCUCGGAGCGCGGAGUGCCUCCCCGCACAGGAACGCCUAUGAAGCAGGAAUUCAGGCACUCAAGCCGGUCAAAGACCCUGGUGCCCCCAAUGGGGAUGAUAAAGAGGGGAAGCUGCGGGCUCCUGGCCGGGGCCGCAGGUAUGGCUCCAACGUCCACCGCAUCAAGAAUAUGUUCAUGCAGAUGGGCUCUCCUGGGGAUGAAGAGGAUCCGUCCAAAUUGAAAGACCAAACGGUGCGGCUCUCCCUGCCGAGAGCCAGCAGCCUGAACGAGAAUGUGGAUCACAGCACCCUACUCAAACUCGGUGGCACUGUUUCUGAACGUGUUAGUCGCUUCGAUAGCAAGACCGAUGGAAGUGGUGCACGUGGACCCUCCUCAGGCUUCUCCAAGCUGCAAGAGACACGUAAGAUCUUUGAACAGCGCCAUCUGCAGGAGAAGCAGGCUGCCACCAAUCGCAUCCUGCUGAAAAAGGAGCGUGCCUCAGGCUUCCAGGACAGCCGUCUCGACGUAGUCGUGCGUUUCAAUGGCAGCACGGAGGCCCUAGACAGACUAGAUGCGGAGGGUGGUCCUGUUGAGGCAGUGUCACCCACUGUUAGCCAACUGAGUGCUGUCUUUGAGAAAGCAGAACUGCGCAACAAUCUGCAUCGGCCGACCUCGACCUCACCGCUCUCAUCUCGUGGUGUUAGCCCUACCCCAGGGAAAACAGGGGCUGUUAACUCCAAAAGCAUCCCCAAAAAGGUGCGAUCGUUUCCUCAAGCAGGAAGUCAGGAGAAAGGAGUCCUACCCAAGGAUCAGGAGGAUGUCCCUGGAAGUCCCAGAAGGAUCAGUUCCCAAACAGACACAUCGAGCAAACCAUCAAUGGAUGGAUCAAUCCCUGAGUCUGAGAUGGUCCAGUCAAGUGAGGUCCAGAACUCUGCAGAUGCCAGUGCGCUAAAGGAUCUUGGGGAACAUGAUGGUGCCAGUACCCAGGAAGCAGGCAGUAGACUGGUUCAAGCGGAAGUCCAUGUCCAUGCUUCCCUGGAGAAUGGGGAUUCCAACAAGACAGAGCAGAGGGAUGAGGGCAGGCCAGCAUCAGGAGACGCCUGCUUUCGAGAUGAGGAGGGGGCUGAAGAAGAGUCUCAUAGGGAGGAUUACUCCGAAGCAGACCUGGUGGACAUCAGUGCCUAUAGCGGUAUAGGUGAGGACUCUGGUGGAAGUCAGCUGGAUGAGGAUGAGGAGGCUGAUGAUGACGAAGCGUAUGAACCAGAGUCCAGCUGCACUGAAAUCCCAGGACUGGCAGUUGAGGAUGACCCUCCAGCCAGCAGGAAGAUCUGUUUCAGCACCGGGCCAAUACAGGUGUUCACCACGUACUCUAACGAGGACUAUGACCGGCGUAAUGAUGAUGUCGAUCCUAUGGCAGCAUCAGCAGAAUAUGAGCUGGAAAAGAGAGUGGAGAGACUGGAUCUUUUCCCUGUGGAACUGGAAAAAGAUGGCGAUGGUUUGGGGAUCAGUAUCAUCGGAAUGGGCGCUGGAGCAGACAUGGGCCUGGAGAAACUCGGAAUCUUUGUUAAAACAGUCACGGAGGGAGGAGCUGCUCACCGGGACGGAAGGAUCCAGGUGAAUGACCUCAUAGUGGAGGUAGACGGCACCAGCUUGGUGGGCGUUACUCAGAAUUUUGCUGCGUCAGUCCUGAGGAACACCACUGGCAAAGUCAAGUUUAUUAUUGGCCGGGAGAAACCAGGGGAGCAGAGCGAGGUUGCGCAGCUGAUCCAGCAGACGCUGGAGCAGGAGCGCUGGCAGAGGGAAAUGAUGGAGCAGCGCUAUAAUCAGUACAUGGAGGAGGACGAAGAGACGGGCGAGUAUGCUACAGAUGAGGAUGAAGAGAUGAGCCCCAUGUUCCCUAAUGCUAUUGAGGUAUUUGACUUGGCCGAAAACGAGGACAUGCUCUCACCCGUGGAGAUGGACCCAGAGAAACUCACCCACAAGUUCAAAGAGCUCCAGAUAAAGCAUGCUGUAACCCAGGCUGAGAUCAAGCAGCUGAAGCGGAAGCUGGCUCACGCAGAGCAGGAGAAGCUGCGUUGGCGGAUGGAAAAGGCCCAGCUGGAACAGACGGUGCGGGAGACGAAGGAGCGCAUGGAAAAGCUGGAAGGCUACUGGAUGGAGGCGCAGAGUCUGUGUCAGGCGGUGGAUGAGCACCUAAAGGAGACGCAGGCCCAGUACCAGACACUAGAGCGCAAAUACAGCAAAGCCAAACGCCUCAUCAAAGAGUACCAGCAGAAAGAGAUUGAGUACCUGAAGAAGGAGACAGCGCAACGGCGUGCGCAGGAGGAGUCUGAGGCCGGUCGUAAAGAGGAGACAGACAGCCUGCAGGAGAAGAUCACAGAUCUGGAGACGAAGGUGGGUGCACUGAAGAGCUCGGAGCCCUCCUAAACCUCCCCCAGGAACAAGAGAGAGGGGGAGAGUGGGAGAAAUGCCUUCAACCCCAGCCAUCCCUCGCUCCUACGUUUUUCUCUCAAAGGCAUGCAACAACGGACGACCAAAAGACUGCAAGAAACGUUAAAGGGAUGUUCCUGGGGAGAGGGAGGGGUGAAAAAGAAUUCCAUAAUGCCUCGCCAGUAAGCCUGGCACAGGCUGCCCACCUCUAGUCCUCAUGACAGCCCACAUAAUGUAGGCCCCAGUACGUUUUUAGUUUCAUACAGUAUUUGAUUUUCUCUCUUUUUAAACGGCCCUCAAUAAAAAAAGCAUUACGCUGCUUCCUCUCAGCAACUCUGCAUAGUUCUGUUCAAGUGACCCGUGGGCUGGCUGGGCACAGUGCCAACGCGAACAGAAAAGGCGAGGAUGAAAGUGCGCGGCAGACUUUUGAGUUUUUCUUUCUUUUUUUUUUUUGGUGUUCAAACCGCAACAGCAAAAUGGCCGCUCUUCUUUGCCCACUGGAAUGGAGCCACAGUUGGUUGUACAGCAGUGAUGGAAGAGCUGAUGGUGUUUGUAUAUAUUCUUCAAUGUAUUUAAAAAUGCUUAAGCAAUGAGCCAGUGGGAAGAGGGAUGGGUAACAGUAAAAACCGAACAUAAACAAAAGUAGUCCAAUAUAAAGCUCAGUUCAAGCUGGAUUGGUAUUACCUGGGGAGGUACUGUAAUUGAAGUGAAUGCUGAUGAGAUUUGUGGAUUCAAAUGCUUAAAGGAGCUUCACAUAAUGUAAAGGGUUUCAACUUCAAAAAGGUUCUUCACACUCCAAAAAUCCCCUUUACAAAAAUGGUUCUGUGAUGUAACAGCCAUUGAAAGUGUUUUAGGGAACCAAAAGUGGUUCUUUUAAAGCAUUUUGCAAGAACCUUUGUUGGAACCUUUAUUUUUUUUAGAGUAUAUAGUAUUGUAAGUACUGUAGUAGACAUGUUCCAAUCCACCUCAAGCAAAUGGAACAACAAAACCUGCUAAUAGACACAGCUUUGCUCCGUGUUGCUAUUGUUAAUGAGCUUUGCCCUAAUUGUGUAAUGCUGAUGUGUACUUCCAGUCUAUGACCUUUCAAUCCAGACUGUGAUCAUUUGUGGAAACUACACAAAUACAUUUUUCUGUAUAAAUUGGCCAGUCAAAACCUUUACAGAACCUCCUCUAGUAAAACAAAUCCACAUCAAAUAGUGCUUUAGACUAGCAGGGCAAAGAGGCAGAGUUGUGUAUUUCUUUUACGCUUGAUUUUUUUGUUAGCAAAACUGGCAAACAGGGUGUGAGACCUGCGCAAGCUUGACAUUUAAAAAGUAACUUCCAAGAUAUGCUUACGUUUCACACUUUGCUUUCCUUUAGACAGUAUUACUGGAGCAGUGUAACAUGAUUUGAGGAUUUUUUUCUCCUGUCAAAAAAACAUCACUUGUGCUGGCCCUUUACUGUGUCCGCAAAUUUGCUUUGAGUUGAAAGCUGAGUUAUGUUUCUCACGCUGAAUGUGGUGCUUAUGGUAACAUGGGAAACUAAAGUAUGAGUCCUCAGGUUUGGUUCCAGCAAAGCUCAUAUGAACCUUUGAAGCAGUCAGUACAGCCAAGCAACAGCUUACUGCAAACAUGAGAAAUCCUUCAUGAGUAAAACCCUAUUGAAGCUGGAUUAGAUUUACCUUGGGAAGUACUAUAAGUCGAGUGAAUACCGACAAGAUGCGUGAUUUUAAUCCAGUAUGAACCUGCAGUUUCUAUAGUCUGACGGUAAUAAUUCUGAAAUGCCCUUCAGUAAUCGGCUGAAUCCGGAGAUCCCUCAGUAAUAGCAGACCUGUUCUGAAUCGCUAAAUGAAUGUGAUACUCCUGAUCCUGAUAUUCUCUUUAAAAAGACAAUUCUCACCUGAAAAUAUUUAUACUGUUUUCAGCAAUAAACUGCAUAUCUGUCUUUUUAUAAAAUUGAAUGUCUUUGAUGCAAAAAAUUAUUGUAGCAAAUAAUUUUGUAGGAUAGAAACUACUUUUCCCUAUUUAUUUAUUUCACUGCACUAAACACAGUUUAUGUGGCAGUUUAUUUAACUCAAAAGCAAAGGCAUUUUUUAAGUUUUAUUGGUUUUCACUGUAUAAAUCACAAAAUUAAUUCCCCUUCCUGUGAGCACAAGAAGACUUAAAACUAGAAAUGGCAUUAUGUUACUUUCUGUUUUCUGAUACAAAUACUGUUAGAAACCUGAUUUACCAAUCUGUUUUUUUAACUUCUGAGUUAUUUUUAAUUAAUUUUUUUCACUUAGGUUGAGUAUCUAAAAGCAGGCCUUCGUUCCCAAAUUACUAAAACACUCUACUACCCCACAGCAAGAAGUGCACAGCUAUCAACAUAAUGUGAGCCAUCUCUACUAACAACUAAUGAUUCUUAAGAGUAUUUUAUUGGUAUCAGGGUGUUAAUGUUUGUCUUGUAUUGGAUCAAAAAAGACAAGUGGUAUUGUUCAUCUCUAAAGUAAAAACAAAACAGACAUGGCGCCAGGCAUGUAACAUUGAUGGCUAUAUCUGUGCUACAAUGUUUCAGUCCAUUCUGUCUGUGGUAAUUUGGCAAAUCAGCCAGUAAAAUCCCUUACAAAUUACAUUACAGAGCCUCCUCUGGUGAAACAAAUCCAGCUUGGAUAGUGCUUUAGUCACUUCAGCACAGGCUGUGUAUAACAGGCCUUAUUGUUAUUCGAUUUUAUCCUUUUUCCUUCUCACUCAGUCUUGCACAGUCCUUUUCCCACAGGCAAAUGAGAUACUGGUUGUAUACUGUGCAUUUAAGCACAGCAAGCAUCUCUCAUUAUUGAGAGAAUUACAGACACUGUAAUGUCAUUUCACCACUGCAUUCAAUAUGCCAUUUGACAAUGGCAGUGGCUGUAGUUCUCUGGGAUGAAAUUGAUCCAGGAGCAGUUUCUUUUUAAAUCCUAACUUUAAACACAGAGAAGGGGAGACUCUGGGGUUGGGAGGGUCCUAAAUGCACACUGCUGUCUUUUUGCCUUUAGUUAUGUGUUGUUGAUGACUGUUUCUGUGGAUCUGGAAGGCCUUACAGUUAUCUUCUCUGAAGUUUUACAAUUGGGAAAACUGGAGUUUGGGUAAAGAAUUAAAUACACCUUUUAGGCAGAUAUAUGAUCUAGAACCAGCUCCUCAUAUUAAAAGCAAAAUGUUAAACUGGUCUCAAGUGGAAGGAUCUUUCCACUAUUUUUAAAACUAAAUGCAUGCUUUUUACUGUAAUAGAAAAUGGUAUAAUGGCAAAACUGCUGUAGCUGUAUUUCAUUUUCGAAACCCAGCAGAGGAAUAACUAGCAUCAAGCCAUUACAGCAAAAAGGAUACAUUUAGUUCAAAAUACCAGCAUUAUCCUCUAAGGACAGCAUCCCACAAAACCCCGUAUUGGCCAUUCAGAGUCUGAUGGAGAUGAGCACCAUCUCGGGAUGCACUAAGAAAGAGAGUCUACUGUCUGUAAAUCUUUGUUCUGGAAAUCUGUUUAAAUUUGUUUAAGUAUUAACUUUCCAUUCUGGAAGGACAGUAUUAGUUUGGGCAGAUCUAAUACGUGGCUAUAGUUUUGAUGGCUUUCUAAGAUAUGUGAUAUAAUUCAAUCCGUUGCUUCCACUUGGUAUGUUUUGUGAUGGCAAAAAUGUCUCUUACAGUGCAGUAUUAAAGAUGAAGUCUGGGGUUUUAUCCAAUCUUUUAACAAAUAUUUUAGUGAUCCAACAAUAUAUCACUGGCAACAAUAUAUGAUGAGCUUUGUUAAUGUCAGUAGAAUAUAAAGAGUUUUUUUUAUGUGUGGAACUAGAACUCGUUCACUUUGGUUUAUUUCUGGGAUCAACUUUGGUUUGCAAUAUGUGCCGUUUCACAUGGUGUGCAGCAAAAACCAUAAUACAGCACAUUCCUAAGCACAUCUCAGAUACUCUGGUCACUCCUAACACUGUGAUAGUCCACAGGGUCCAUCUGUAUGAAACAUCCCAGCUGACCUAUGCUUAUGUAAUCUUAUUCAUCACAGCAUGGCCAGCAAAACUCAUCCUAAAACAGCGCUCUUACUCUUGAGGAAUGUGAUACGUGCGAACAACCCCUGAACUACCUCAGGUUUUUUUCUCCCUACUCAUCUGAAUAUUUUUGCACAUAGACAGGAGGCAGAGCAUCGUCAAUAACUGGAAAACAUAAAUGCAUUGGUGGACUCAAUUAAGCAAUUAAGGCAGUGUGUUUUGUUUUACAGACAGAGUGAGCUUGAUGGACCCCUAUUAAAAUGAUAUAUAUUAUUAUAUCUUGCAAAUAUAUUCCAAAAUGUACAUGGAAUAUAUCAGCGCUGUCAUAACAAAACUUCCUAUUGCUUAGUGGACAACUGUCAGAGAGGAGGAAAAAAUGGUUAACUUCUUAUUCUACAUAAUUUUUGACCAUUUCUAUUGGUCCAUUCAUUACGAAAUGUUCACACAAGGCGAAGUUGGUAUUUUCAAAUGGUGUUUAUAUUUACAUAUAUGGAGGUUUUGAUAUGACAGCGAUGUUAUAUUUUCAGAAUAUUACUUUCAGCAAGUGUCAUCUUGUUCCUGUUCCAGCUGUAUUUCCUAUUUUGUUGACUGUUUGUACUCUGCUGUCUCUAAGCUGGCUGUACCAGUAUAGGCAGAGUCUGGACCUUUGAUCACUCCACUCAGGUUUAAUGACCUUAAGGCGGCAGUAUUAAAAAAUGGACCAAAUACAUUGAACAUAUACAGCUCUUUUUUGUGGUUGCUUCAGUGUGCAUGCAAUUGACCGCAUCUCAAGGGAAACAACACAGCAGAGGAGACUGGAUCAGCUGGAUAAAUAUCAGGAACUGUAAACUGGACUUGCAUUAAUACCCUUCCCAUGAAAAUGUACCAUAUUUAAAAAUAAUUUUACAACAUAUAUAAUUCACAUUCAGUAAUGCAUUAAUAGCAAAUCCUAAUAUAUUCCAUUUUAUGUGGGUUUGCAGUGAUAGGAUUGUCAGCUCUGGGUUCUGGCACAGGGGCAACAUUCAUUGUGCAUCAGUAUCUUGCGGUCAUAUGUGUCGUAGAGUAAGAGUGCUUCAUUUGGGUCAGCUUUUGGCUUUCGAUGAAUAUGAUUAUCCAUAUAGGGUCCAAUCCUAUUUGAGAACUUUCGGUGGAUGGACUAGUUAGGACCUGAAUCUGAGCAGGAGGAACACUGGCAGACUGAAAGAUGUUUUGUUUCCAAGCUGGACGGCAGGACGAGGAACAUGUUGAGUGAUAAUCAGAACGGUGAAACACUGACUGAUCAAACUUUUUAAUCUUACAUUCCAUUCACCUUGCUUCGCAGACGCUGUAGCCUUUGAUGAGAUUUGCUUGUUUCUGUGUACAGAGAGGAACUCAGUUUUGCUCAUGCUGGUAUAAGAGUUUUACACUCAUUUUACGUGAACUAAAACUUGACUCCAUUCCUUCUCUAUUCAUUUUUUUUUACCCAUCUUGAGUUGCAAUCAUAUGAAUGGAAGAAAAAUGUUUCAUUUGAAAGGAGCCUCAUGUUUAUCUUGCAUAAGUUACUGUCAUUAACAAUAAAUACAGAAAUGUGUUGAGCAGUG